AUGUCAAACUCCACUGAGAGCUCUACUGCAGCCGUGCGAGGAUCUGUGCCAUCCGAUAACAACGUCGCUUCCAACACUACCCGUAUCGAGGACACUUACCUCUCCGCCAAUCGCGUGAGUUCCUAUCUCGCAGAUCCCGAUCUCCUGGUUCCUCACACAUCAAUCAACCAACAACAUGUUGGUGACAAGACUGUUGACUUUGCGGUGUCUCAGAUGAGAAACAAAUUGCAAGAAUUCGACGCAGCCUUCUACCGCAACGGCGGUAGUAACGGUGGUGCUUAG